CCCUACUGCGGCGCCCUGAGCCCUCGCACAGCCCUGGAGCUGGUGCGGCAGUACGACAUCAUCGCCGACUGCUCCGACAACGUCCCCACCAGGUACUUGGUGAAUGACGCCUGUGUCCUGGCUGGGAAGCCCCUAGUGUCCGGCAGCGCCCUCCGGCUGGAGGGGCAGCUAGUCGUGUACAACUACCAGGGAGGGCCCUGCUACAGGUGUCUCUUCCCCAAGCCCCCUCCACCAGAGACGGUGACUAACUGUGCGGACGGGGGAGUGCUGGGUGUCGUGCCGGGCAUCAUGGGGUGCAUCCAGGCCUUGGAAGUGCUGAAGAUCGCCUCGGGAAUGGGUUCGUCCUUCGGUCAGUUCAUGCUGAUGUUCGAUGCCCGUGAAGGGAGAUUUCGCAACAUCAAGUUAAGACCAAAGAAACCGGACUGUGCUGUUUGUGGUGACAAUCCGUCUGUCACCUGCCUUCAGGAUUAUGAGGCAUUUUGUGGUUCUUCUGCAACAGACAAGUGUAGGACUUUACAUCUGCUGCCCAGUAAAGACAGGGUAUCUGUAGAGGAAUACAAAAAACUGUUGGAUGAGCAAGUUCCUCAUGUAUUGUUAGAUGUUCGUCCACAGGUAGAAGUGGAUAUCUGUCGCCUGGGACAUGCUGUCCACAUUCCUUUGAGUAAAUUAGAAGAAAAAGAUGAAGGAUAUCUGGAAAAUUUAGAAAAAAGAAUUUGUGAAGAAAAGCAGAGAACUAAUGGCCAGACAUCUUUUCCUGUAUAUGUUGUUUGCAAACUGGGAAAUGACUCCCAGAAGGCUGUAAGAAUUCUGCAGGAGUUACCUGUCAAAGAACUUGGUUCUGUGUUAGCUAAGGAUAUUAAAGGGGGGCUCAUGGCUUGGGCCAGUAAAAUUGACCCAACGUUUCCUCAGUAUUAGAAAUUAAAAUGGUGAAAAAAAUUACAAAUUUUCAUAGUAAAUUCCAUAGGGUUUCAUCUUCUCUGUGUAAUGACUAUAUCAUAUGGAUUCAACAGGAGAUAAAAAUAUCAUGUUGCUUUUUGUAAUGGUAAUUUUUUUCAAAAAAAUGCAUAUUUUUGUAGAUGUCUGAUUAAUUUUAUAAAAAUGGAAAUUGAGAGAAAUGUGUUUCUUGAUUAUUGUUUAAUAGUGAAAACUUGGAAUAACCACUUAAUUGUGCAUGUGAUAAUUCAGAAUGACUCCUAGUUAGUAAUCAAUAGCUUGGAGAAUGACAAAGAACACGAGUCAAGCGUGGAAGAUUUUUACUGUUUCUUCAAACUGCCUAACAAAGUGAAACAGUGCAUGCAGUGACAAAAAACACCCCUAAGUUAAUCUCUAGCUGGUCAGUGGUGCUAUUAAACCUAUCAUAGGGAAUUGCCAAGACAAUGCUGACAAGACUCUUUUGGUCAACAUCUUUUAGUUCUCUGUAGAAGCAUUCUGUAUUUAUGAAAGUGAACUGCUCGCUGCAAAUAGCAGCACCUACAGCAAGGGUGUUCGGUUAAGAACUUCCAGGGCUGUCCAUCCUCGUUUGUUGGCUGGCAAAAAAAAGUGUAUUCCUCAACUUGUACAGAGAAACUGAGGUUAAGUGUUAGUAAGACCUAAGUUUGAGCCCAGUAAAAUGUCUAGAAAAUGCUUUUGUGAAGGCUUAGAAGACUUCAGAGAUCGAGAGAUUAAGAGGGUGCGAGAGAAAAAAAUUUGAAAGAAGAAAAAAACUUGCCUCCCUUCUGCGAGUACAAAGACCUAUUUAAUGAGUUUUCUCCCUGUUUGUUGUGGUAGUUGCGUAUCCCCCGGUGUACUGCAUUAUUUUGUUAAGUGGCAUGAAGAGCUAUGCAUAUCUAAAAAGUUCUUGUAGACAAACUGAAUGAAAAGAAAGAGAAAUAAAUAGCUUGUCAACAGAGCUGCCUGAGUCCUCAUCACUUAA